UUAAUUUUUGGAUGGAAAGAGUAUAAUUUUGGAAGGGAAAGAAAAAUUAAUUUGGCAUCUAGGGAGCACGCUUGUAGUCGUUCCCACUUUCCACGUUCACCAACUAAACCCUCGCAGGGUGGGCUUUUUCGCUCCAGAGCUACCCCAUUCUGAUCCUGUGGAAAAACCACCGUUAAUGGCCGAGUCCGCCGGGAGCGCUCUUUCUCCGGUGACAAGUAUUCCUCCUCGCAUUCUCCAUGCCUCCCAUGCCGCCGCCCGUCCGGUUGGCCUUCCGAUUCCCACCGCGGCUUCUCUGCGGAUUUUGAAGGAGGAUAGAGAAGACGAGGAGCAGUUCGUUGCCGGGAGCGUCGACGCUUCCGAUACUGAGCGUGGAUGUUCGCCGAAGUCUAGCAGAGUCGGCCUUAUAGACGGUGACUUCUCGGUGGACUCCGAGAAUUGGAUUCUCAGAGACGAUUCGAAUAAUUCAAUCUCGGAUUUGUACGCUGCGGAGCCUGAACAGGCCGCUGCAGCGAACAAUUUGGUUGGCUCAUUGAAGAGAUGUGGAGCGCCUGAAAAUGGUAACACUAAACAACAAGCAAUGGAGAAGCCAAAACAAGUGCAACCAAGGUCAAAACAGCUAAAAGAGAAAACUACAAAAGCAGAAAGGCGAGCUCUGCAGGAAGAACAAAGAGCUUCUAAAGCUGCCUCAAAAGCUGCUGGGAAUAAUCCUGCUAUGGGAUCAUCAGCUUCAGCAUGUGCAAAAGCUCCCCAAGUUGCGAAGCCAACUUUACACAAUAAAGAUAGCAAUCCAAUGUUAACCACAUCAGCUCUGGAGAAGAAAAGAAGUAACCAAGCACUGGAGAAACAUAGGAAAAAUGAUAUUCCAGCCCCACGCAUGCAGUUUGAUGAUAAGAAUCGUGUAGAAAAGGCCAAAAAGCGUGCACUACUUAAACAGACAGAAUCUAGAAAUAGAGUAGAAAUGUUUCAGCAUUUGCCUCAGUAUGAACAUGGAACUCAACUCCCCGAUCUUCUGUCAAAAUUAUUCCAACUUGAGUCAAUGCAUCCUGCUAUAUACAGGGUGGGGCUUCAAAUUUUGGCUGGAGAUCUUUCUGGGAGUAAUGCACGCUGUGUUGCUAUGCUUCAGGCAAUUAGGGACGCCAUUACUGACUACACACUUCCACAGGACAAAACAUUCAUCGCUCGAGAUUUACUUGCGAAAAUCAAUGGCUAUGUUUCGUUUCUUAACGAAUGCAGGCAACUAGCAUUCAGUAUGGGUAAUGCCAUUCAGUUUAUUAAGGGUCGUAUAGCCAAGUUACCUCAGACACUAUCUGAAUCAGAAGUGAAGGAACAUCUGCUUUCGGACAUUGAUGGUUUCAUCAAUGAGAAAAUUGUGCUGGCAGAUAAAGUAAUAGUUGGACAUGCAGUUUCAAAAAUCAAGGAUGGCGAUGUUAUACUAAUGUACAGUUCAUCAUCUGUCAUUGAGAUGAUUAUUUUAUAUGCUCAUGAGAUUGGAAAGCAGUUUCAUGUUGUUAUAGUAGACUCUCGUCCCAUGCUGGAGGGUCAAGCACUACUUCAAAGACUGCUAAAGAAGGGGAUCAACUGUACGUACACACACAUUGGUGCCGUUUCUUACAUCAUGCAUGAGGUCAAAAUUGUUUUCCUAGGGGCGGCAUCUAUAUUAUCUAAUGGUACUGUCUACUCAAAAGUGGGGACUGCAUGUGUUUCAAUGGUUGCUCAUGCUCUCCGUGUUCCUGUUCUGGUUUGUUGUGAAGCUUAUAAGUUCAGUCAGCGAGUGAUGCUUGAUUCCAUUUGUUGCAAUGAGUUAGGUAUUGGCUUCCCUUAUUGAUCUCUGGAGAUUUGCUUUUUUAAGUUCCCCAUUACUCCCUCCGUCUAAUAAUUUCUUUCCCGCUUUGACUUGGCACGAAGAUUAAGAAAAGUAAAAAAAAUGUAAAGACUUUCCAUGUUUUCCCUUGGUGUAAUGUAAUAAAGUGAAUAGUGUAGAUGAAAAGUAGGAGUAUAAUGACACAUUCAUCAAUUUUUUUUCCAAUAAUUGUGGAUGGCCCAAAAAAAAGUGGGUAAGAAAAUAAUGGACCGAGGGAGCAUUGUUUAUUAAGGGGCUUUUAAAAGAUAGUUAAUGUAGAUGUUGGAACCAUACAGGGAAUCCGGAUGCAGUUUCGCUGGUCAGUCGAAGAUCAGGUGCCAAUAUUUUGAAGAAUUGGACAAGCAUAGAAAAUCUUCAGAUUUUGAAUUUAGUUUAUGAUGCAACUCCCUCGGACUACAUCUCAAUGAUCAUAACGGAAUAUGGCAUGAUACCCACCACGAGUGUGCCUGUGAUCGUUCGUGAGUAUGGGAGGGAGCAUCUUCUAAUGUAGUAUCAUGUGGCAGUUAAUAUACCUUUCUCCUUAGCUGAUACACAUACAAUGCUGAAGCCUAACUGGUAAGACAUAUAUCUCAAUGCUACUCUUUCCGUCCAAGAGUUUUUUGUCCAAAGUUUGACCUUGGUGAGUCAAACUAAAUGAAACUUUAAUUGUCAAUUACAUUAAAUUUGCAUGGCAUAUAAAAAACUUAUAUUUUCCAUAAGCCUAACGAUUUUUUUUGUUUUCUCAUACCCAAUAUAGUUUUUAUUUAAUUGGUGAAUAAAACUUGUCCAUUUUGAUUUGUACGAGUACUCUUGGAACUGGAACGGAGGUAGUAUUUUGAUACAGGAUAGAGCAAGGAAGAUGAGUCAGAACAGAACAGGAUAGGAAUAUGAGUU